GUGUGUGUGUGUGUGUGUGUGUGUGUGUGUGUGUGUGUGAGUGAGUGAGUGAGUGAGUGAGUGAGUGAGUGAGUGAGUGAGUGAGUGAGUGAGUGAGUGAGUGAGUGAGUGAGUGAGUGAGUGAGACAGAGACACAGAGACACAUCAUGUUUGCUAUGUAACAGGUGAGCCAAAUAGAGUUACUGAACAGUGAGAUGACAACACAACAGAGAUGGAGACAGAGAAUAUAGGUGUCUUGUGAAAUAUCACAAGCCUGUUGUUCACCAACGUACAGGAAACAAGGGAAAGGAAAGAAGAAAAGUCAAGCAAGCGUAUGCCACCUCAAGGUGAUGAAAUAUUGUAGGUGUACAGUCCUAAAUACGGUACACCUACAAACUUAACAGGGCCCCGUUUGCCUUGCACCAGCAUACUGUUGCACACAGGAUGCCUCUUUCAUCUGCCAUACGUGUAGUUAGUGCUUUAAUGCGCCGUGUGUUUUGACUAUCAGUCAUGUGUUGAUGCGCAGAAGCUGACGCUCUAAAAAGACGCUCACUUCCUCUGCCCAACGGACCAGAGCAUAAAGCAGCUACUGGCUUCCUGACUGUACCUCACAAACGAAAAAACAGUCACAACUGCCAACUUGCACGUGUCAGCACACAUGUACCCUGGCUGAUUCACUCCUCUCAUCAUGGCUGGGAACGGCACCAAAAUGGACAAUGACACCCUGAACCUGUUCACGGACACCACAGCCAGCGCAGUGAUCUCCACCAUAUACAUUGUGGUCACCCUGAUCAGCCUCCUCAGCAACGGCAUGGCCCUGUGGCUUUUGCUCUUCCGCACCUCCCCCAAGACGCCCACCGUUGUCUUCAUGAUCAACCUCACGCUCUCCGACUUGGUGCUGGGGCUCGUGCUGCCCUUCCAGAUCCACUAUCUCCUGAACGGCUACAACUGGGUGCUGGGCUCCUGGUCCUGCACGCUGCUCACCACGGUCUUCUACGCCAACAUGUACUGCUCCAUCCUCACCAUGACUGCCAUCAGCGUGGACCGCUACCUGGGCAUCGUCAAGCCCAUGACCUUCCGGGAGAUCAGGGAGAAGACCUCGUACGCCGUUGCCCUGUGCGCCCUCAUGUGGGUCGUGGUGCUCACCAUCCUGCUGCCCCUGGAGCAGGCCGACCUGCUCUAUGAGGUGAAGGAGCUGGAGAUCAUGACGUGUUUCGAUGUGAUCCGCAUGGACAUAAUGCCCUCAGUGUACCACUGGGCAGGGCUCUUUGCUGUCAUGUUCCUCUUCCUCUUCCUCAUCCCCUUCAUCGUCACCAUCUUCUGUUACAUCAGCAUCAUCUACAAGCUGGUCAAGGGCAGCAACGGCAACGUCACCCACCAGAAGGGCAAAGUGGUGCGGCUGGCCAUCAUCGUACUGUUUGUCUUUGUAGUCUGCUUCGCUCCCAAUAACUUCCUGUUGAUCAUCCACCCGGUCAGCAAGCUGUUCUUCGACAAGUCCCUCUAUAUGGCCUACAAGCUGUCGCUCUCGCUGAGCUGCGUCAACAGCUGCCUGGACCCGUUCAUCUUCUACUUCGCCUGCAAGGAGUUCCGGCGGAAGCUGCGCAAGAUGCUGCGGCUGCCGUCGCUGAGUAGUGUGGAUACGCACAUGGCCCUCAAAGAGGACCUGUACUCCAUGCGCUCCAACCCAGAGGACGAAUUCCUCAGCGGCUACGGCCCUGGAACCACCAUACUGAGGCUCAACAGCAACGCCUCCAGCCACCUCUCCAAGUAAUAAGAACUUGAAGGUUGAGAGGUUGUUCAACGUGGAGCAAAAGAAAGGCGUCCUUCUUUCUCUUUCUUUGUUUCUCUCUCUCUCCAUCUCUGUCUGUCUGCGCGUCUGAACUCCAUGCACUCAAACCCAGAGGAUGAUUUCCUCAGCACCUACGCCCACGAGACCAGACCACCAUACAGAGGUUCAACAGCAUUGCCAUGAGCUCUCCAAAUGAGAACUUGCUUGAGGGGUUCCAACCCAGAGGACGACUUCCUCUGCAAAGAGAGCCAUACUGAGGUUCAACAGCAUUGCCUCCAGACACCUCCCCAAAUGAAAAGUUGCUAGAGGGGUUUGUUCGCUCCAACCCCAAGGAUGACUGCCUCAGCAUGUAUGGACGGGAGACCUCCAUACUGAGGGUCAACAGCAUUGCCUCUUGCUGCCUCUUCAAAUAAUAAGAACUUGAGGGUUGAGAGUUUGUUAAACGUGGAGCUAAAGAAAGCUACCUUUCUCUAUCUUUCUUUGUUGCUCUCUCUCUAUCUCCAUCUCUGUCUACCUGUCUGUCUAUAUGUCUGUCUGAACUCCAAAUAGUAAUAACUUGCCUGCUUGAGAGACUUGAUCAUGAAUGUGGAGCCAAAGAAAGCUGCCCUUCUCUCUCUCUCUCUCUCUCUCUCUCUCUCUCUCUCUCUCUCUCUCUCUCUCUCUCUCUCUCUCUCUCUGUCUCUCUCUCUCUCUAGAGUCAGGCUAUGGAGCAAGAGCAAGCACACACAAACACAGCAUUAGUCAUGCUUAGCCUGAAGCUGCCAUUUCCUUCUGUUGCUACAGUUUUGAAACAAGCACCCUGAGCCCACAACAGCACUGCCAGAGCUUGGACAGACAAUGUAAACAAAGAUGAUAUUGCAUUGUGGGAAGGAUAUUUUUAAUGUGAAUUUUACAGACUGCAGAAUGAUAACAGUGUUGUAAGUGUAUUUGCUAGCUGCUUAAAAUGAGCUCCCUGACACAGUCAAGGGCAUUACUGAUCAACACAAAUAAGAUUGUUACUUUCAUACAAAACAUCCUCCUCUCUUGAAAUAUAAACCCAGAUGUGUGAAUAUGUGUACGUUUUGCCCAAUUGGCAAUUAUUACACAAUUGUCUGAAUGUAUGUUUUUUUCUGUGUACUUGCUUUUGUGUACGAUGUGUUCUGUAUUUAUUCUUUCUUUUCAUGUGUUCAUGUGAAGCUGUAGAAGUGUCUCAGAAUGCUGGAAUACAAUGAGUCAUUGGAGACAGCUAAACUUUGCUGUCACCAAGAAUUAAUUUCAGAGAGCCAUGAUAAAAAAAAAUCUCUUCUGUACGAACUAAUAUUUUGAGGGGGGAAAAUAUGAGCAAAGAAGUCACCCACCUCAGUUUGGACCAUGGUGUUCACUCAGUGUCUCAAACGUGCACUUUGACUUCAACACCAAAGGACCCACACUCAUAGGUCAGUCAGAAAACAAUCAUAAUCCUUCACCCAUCAUAACCACUUAGGCCGGCCUAUAGACCUGUAAGGAUGUUCAGAAAAACAAACUUGAAGGUGAGUGGAAUGAUAUUUCAUUCUCUUCACUUAGGGCCAUCUGCUGUCACUUCACCUUACAUUGUGCUCAUAGGAGUUGGACAACCAAGUAUAAUGAUGUUGAUAUGUACGAAAUGAACAAUGAUGAAUCAUGAUGAACGAAACGAUCAAUGAUGACGUUUUUUAAGUGUUUUGCCACUGAUACUAUGUUAGCAUAUGUAGGCCUAUUGAUAUUAGCUUUACACAUAGCCUAUGCUGUCAUGACUGUCAAAUUGCUGAUGUUUUUUUUAUUGAAUUAAAGAAACGCCAUUUGCAUAAAAUCUGGCUGUGGAUUCUUUAAUCAAAGACAGUUACUUCCAAUCUGUGCUUGUUUUAUCAUUGGCUAUUUUACAAGUUCACAAAAGAGGAAGACUUGCUGUUUUUCUUCCAAGUAACUAGGCCUAGGCUUAUAUUCUGAGAGUUCCCCUUUACCAAAAUGUAAACACUUGUUUUUUCAGUGGUCAGCAAACCAAGUGAUGAAAGUAUCUUGAAGAGGUCAUAAAGAAAGAAAGAAAUAGGGAAAGA